AUGUCGUGUCUGGCGCUGGCCCUUCAGCCCACCAAUGGGUCCGACAUACUCCUCCAGACCCGAGAAUGGCUUCCCCCUUCCCGCGCACUCAUGGCCCUCUCCGCCUUCCGCGAGACUCGCCUCUCCUUCGCCAAGACCCACCACCAGUCCUCCUCCUCCUCCGCCGCCCCGGAUCCGUCCUCCGAUUCCCUCGGCGACGACCCCCUGGCCGCCUCCUCCGGCCAAGUCGUCGUCGGCGUCGAGUCCCGCUACCGCGUCGUGUACCGCCUGGUGAACUCGAUCUACGUCCUCGCCGUCACCACCAUCGACGACUCCAACAACAACGUCUUCGAGUGCAUCAACGUCGUCAACCAGGCAGUCUCCGUCAUCGUCACCGCCUGCCGCGGCGUGGACGUCACCCCAGAGAAGCUGGGCAAGAAGUACGCAGAGGUCUACAUGGCCCUCGACAUCGUCCUCCGCGGAGUCACCAGCAUCCGCCUCGCCGCCAUGCUGGCCUCGAUGCACGGGGACGGCAUCGCCAAAAUGGUCCACUCCGCCGUCCAUACUGAGAGCAAGAUCCGCGGGGCAGACAGCUGGACCUCCGUGGAGCCCCAUGCUGCAGAACACGAGGCUGGCCUGGACGCCUUCUCCGGCGCUUUCUUCGAGCUGCCGCCGGAGACCUUGGUGGCCGGAGACGAGGUGGCGGCAGCCACCCUUGGGUUCUUCCAGCAGGUGGAGGAUAAGGAGCUGCCAGCUGUCAACCCCGAGGAGACUGAGCUGGAAAAAGACCCUUUCGCCGCCAGUGAUCGGCUCAACAAGCCGGAAGAGAUGCUGAUGGAAGGUUUCAAGAAGGACAGAGACUCGGGAGUUUCGGACGUGAGCAAGGCCCUAGCAGGGCUUGAAGUGACCACUUUACCCCCGCCGGCAGCCACCGAGUCGACUCACAUUGGAGUCGAGGGCUUUGAAGGAAACUACGGAGGAAUCGAGUUCAGCAACGAUGGCUCCACACUUCCGGAAGAUUUCGAAGGCAUAAACGAUGCCUGGGGUGGAGGGCUCGACGCCUCGGAAUUCGUGGGGCCCAAGAAAGUCCCCAAAGAUCGUGGCCUUGGUGGCUUGGAGCUUUUGGAGACGAGCGAGCCACCACCGGCAGCCAUGGCUGCCACAAAAGGUGACAAGCUGGAAGAUUUGCUGGUGAAGAAGACAGAGAUGAAGGGUCCUGAAAUGUAUGUAAUAGAAGAAAUCAGCGCCGAGUUUCGUGAGUCGGUACUCGCUCGUGUAGGGCUUAUGGGUGUUCUGUACUUGAAGACUUUGCCUCCUCCCAAACCCUCUGAGGAAAAUAAGGAGACUGAAUUCUCAUUUAAAGUCGAGGGAACAGAGGGCGUGAAGAGGUUUGCUGUUCAAGGAUCGAAAGUGAGCAGUUUGGGGAACGGGGUUUUUCAUAUAAGGACAGGCCCGUCUGACGAGCCCAUUCCAAUCAUCAAGUACAGUAUACAGCCGCGAUUGACUCCUCUGCCUCUGAGGGUUCGGCUCGUGAAGCGUCUCAGUGGGACAUUGCUUUCGAUUAUGAUCCAGUAUGUCUCGAGCCCAGAUUCGGCUGUCCCUCUCACGGAUGUGACGUUUGUUCUGAAGCUGCCGGUGGACCCAACCCUUUUGCAGGUUUCGCCCAAAGGGGUGCUCAACAGGUCUGAAAGAGAACUGAGGUGGCAUGUUGAUGAGAUUCCGGUGAAAGGGAGUCCUGGGAGGUUGAGGGCGAGGAUGCCUGUGGAUAUUGCGGAUGAUGAUGAUGGGUCGGAUCUCGAAAUUGUUGGUUAUGUCAAGUUUUCGGGAUAUGGGGUGAGGUCUUUGUCCGGGAUUUCUUUGAAGCCUGCUUCGGAGGGGAAGAUUGAUUUCUAUGAGAAAGAUCACAGGCCUCAGAAGAAGUCCACGCAGCAUCACAUGAAGACUCGCAUGCGCAAAAACAAUGAACGAUACGAUUGGGUGGAUGCAAUUGCAGGCCAAUGGGAACUCUUCAUCUUGCUGGGUUUACGUUGCUUCUGGUUUCCGCGUUUACAAACUCUUGGGAGUGAUAUGUUUUCCAUUUACGUGUGGACAAAUUGCGAUGGAGGACUCCUCAGUCGGACAGGGAAAAGAAAGCCUUCUAAUCCCAGAACACACUCGGGUACUUGUUUUAUUGACUCGAAUGAAGAUGGUGCAACUUUGAUUCAGAGGGGAUGUGAUUGUUGGCAUUAG